CCAGUACGCGGCCGGUGUGCGUUGUGAAUCGGCGCGCUGCGUACCGCGAGACCUGUCUCGUUCGCUCUUUCUCCCAUCUUCAGUAUGACUCGGACUGCCGGCAGGUGAACGUCGGUGGGGCUCGUGGGGUCACUCGAAACAUCACAGUAUCCUCAUGGGGAAAGCUCAUCCUUAUUUUCUUUACUUUCGGGUUUUUUUUACUCUGAUAAUAGCCGUGAAUACAUAUGCAUGCUGAGAAGAGUGUAAUCCCAGCGUCCAACUGUACCGACGGCUCGUCUGCAUUGAGGAUUUCGAAAAAUCUCGUUAUUUAUACCGCGAUGAUUUAAUUUAUCACAUCAAUUCUCGUAGAUGUAUCAAUCUAUUUAUACAUGUAAAUAAAUACAUGAAAAGUGGAGUUAUUGCGCUCACGUUAAAGUGAAAUUUAUUGUAGUGGGUUUUAAAAACAUUACGAGGAGAGAAACAGAACUCCUCGAGGUCUUACCAACAGGGUCGAUAAACGGGGUGCGGGGGAUGGAGUCGAAGAAUGGACUGAAAGGACUUGGCGAUAUAGAAGAAAGAAAACGUGCUAUCUCGUGAUCGUAAAAGCUUCGCAAUAAGAGAGAAAAACGCAAAAUACUCAACUUAAACUCUACCUUUAUGAAAGAUCAAACGACUAAAAAUACCUAAAUCAAUACAUUGAUAAUCGCUGGUUCGUGAAUAUUUGAUAAAAUAACCGAAAUAAUUAAUUGUUUAAUAAACAACGGAAAAUGCGUCGUAAUGUGAAAAUAGUGUUGGUACUUUCGUGCGCGUGGAUGUUCGUCUUUGUUUACUACUAUCACACGUCGAGGGAUCCAAAGAAUGAAAAUCGAGCCCUGCGUCUCAAGGAGCCAGCUUCGAUGGGUCUCUCGGCCGGGAGUUCCGGUGGCUAUGCAGACAAUGCGGAUGGAACGGCGAUCGUCAUGUCGUCGGAGCCGAUGCCGUUGCCAACGUCUGAUCCACGAGUCACGUGGAAUUAUUUCGACGAGCAAGGUUAUGUAUCGAGGGGAGGAUUGAGAGCCGGAGAGGAUCCGUACGCGAGAAACAAAUUCAAUCAGGAAGCCUCGGACGGAUUGCCGAGCAAUCGUGACAUUCCAGACACGAGAAGCGCAAUGUGCCGAAUGAAACAGUGGAGACGAGAUCUACCCCCGACCUCGGUAAUCAUAACUUUCCACAACGAGGCGCGAUCAACUCUGCUACGAACAGUAGUGAGCGUCCUCAACAGAAGUCCAGAGCAUCUUAUUAAGGAGAUCAUUCUAGUCGACGACUUCAGUGACCACCCCGAAGAUGGGGAGGAAUUAUCGAGAAUACACAAAGUACGAGUAAUACGAAACGAGAAACGAGAGGGUCUAAUGAGAUCGAGAGUGCGAGGUGCGGAUGCAGCGACAGCGAGUGUUCUCACCUUUCUCGAUUCUCAUUGCGAAUGCAAUGCUGAUUGGCUCGAGCCACUUCUCGAGAGAGUCGCUGAGGAUCCUUCGAGGGUCGUGUGUCCUGUCAUCGAUGUCAUUAGCAUGGACACUUUCCAAUAUAUAGGCGCAUCGGCCGACCUCAGGGGUGGUUUUGACUGGAGUCUCGUGUUCAAAUGGGAAUAUUUGAGUCAAGCAGAAAGACAGUCGCGUCAAAAGGACCCGACCCAAGCGAUAAGGACGCCGAUGAUCGCUGGAGGAUUGUUUGUCAUUAACAAAGCAUACUUCGAGAGGCUCGGAAAAUACGAUACGCAGAUGGACGUUUGGGGUGGUGAGAAUCUCGAAAUCUCGUUUCGAGUAUGGCAAUGUGGAGGGAGUCUCGAGAUAAUACCGUGCUCGAGGGUGGGUCACGUUUUUCGUAAACGUCAUCCCUACUCAUUUCCGGGUGGUAGUGGAAAUGUGUUUGCUCGAAAUACUCGUCGAGCUGCCGAAGUCUGGAUGGACGACUACAAGCACUUUUACUACUCGGCAGUACCUCUAGCAAAAAAUAUACCAUUUGGAAACAUACAAGAUAGAAUGGCAUUGAAAGCAAAACUCCAUUGCAAGCCCUUCAGUUGGUAUUUGAAGAAUGUUUAUCCAGAACUAGUAAUUCCAACGAGCGAAGGUGGUCCUGGGGGAUACCUGAAACAGGGAUCGGCAUGCUUCGACAGCAUGGGUCAUCUCCUCGAUGGAAAUGUUGGACUCUAUCCCUGCCACGACACCGGUGGCAACCAGGAAUGGGGCUUAACUAAGGACGGCCUGAUAAAGCAUCACGAUCUGUGUCUUACUUUACCAGUGUACGCGAAAGGUACGACUCUGUUGAUGCAGAUAUGCGACGGUAGUGAGAAUCAAAAAUGGAGGCAUCUCGAAGGUGGUCUUAUUCGUCACUCGCGUGUACCAGUUUGCAUCGAUUCAAGAUAUCACGCCCAGCGUGGAAUAACCGUAGAAAAAUGUAAUUCAAGCGCCGAGACCCAGCAGUGGCAUCUCUACAAUAACAGUCAUUAGUUUAAAUUGUUUUAUUGAUUGUGCUGCGUCUGAGAACGAGCAGAAGCCUAUGACGAAUUUACGAAGAAAACAAACUCAAACUCAAACGAUGAGAGAACGGAAAGAAAGAGAGAGAGAGAGAUUAAAAAAUUACGUCCAUUGACAAUUAUCAAUAAUUUAUCAAUGUACUAACUAAAUCAAAAAGAAAUCAAAGCUAAAAUAACAAGACAACGUGAGGGAAUGAAAAGAGGCUUUGCGCUAAUUUUAACAGUCGCGAUCAAACCAAGAGCCUAAUUUGCAUGAACUUUUCCGAGCCUCACUGAUGUCGUCGCGACUGACAUUCAUCAAAUUUCGUACAAUUCAUUUUUUUUCAAAUCUCUAUUCUAUUGACACCCCACGAUAGAAGCUCGAUCGAUUUUCUAGAUUUAAAUCUCACAGACGAUUCGAGAUGUUAGGAAAAUUAUCGAAAGGACAAAAAUAAAAAGAUCAUUCGAGUUUGGAGUAUUCGCGAUCGAUGAGGAUAGAAAAAAUCGGUGUCCGGCCUAAAUAACCUCGCUCAAAAUAACUUAGUAAAAUAACUAACGAAUAAAAUAACCAUGAACAAUAAAAUCAUUUGAAAUGAGCUUCAAGUUUAUAAUCAAUGGCAUAUGGAGAAUAAUUGAAAUAUUCAUUUGAAACAUUGAUUGUGGAUAAACAUGAAAAAUCCUAUGCGGAAUUUUCAUUACAAGAUUCGAAACGCUUCAUUACAAAUUUAUUGCUUAUUGUUUUUAACAUGUUUGACAUCUCGAGAUGUCUCAAGAACACCCACUCUGCGAAUUUUUCUUCGCAUAGGUACGUUCGUGUGGCUGAUUUUAUUUGUUUAUUUAGGUUUGUGGGUGUGUUUUUGUUUUUUGGGAUAUUAGAAUUAUUCUGUUUGUCGAUUAUAUUCAUCACGGUUAUUCUGUUCAUGGGUUAUAUUGUUCGUUGGUUAUUUUGAGCGUGGUUAUUUAAGAUGGGAACCGAAAAAAUCGUGCAUUAUAAAUUUUCCUCACAUUUCUUACACUCUCCGGAUGAGAAAAAAAAAUAUUUGAAGCGUUUUUUUCCAUUUCGUUUCGACUCACUUCUCUGUCCCUCUUUUUUCUUCUCUCCGCCAGUAAAGCAUUUUGUAAAUGUUGAAUAAUUUCUUUUCACAUUUCGUGAUAUCGAUCAUUUCGAUUGGCUCAUGAUUCGUGUACUUGAUCAGGAUAAAACUGGAACAGUCGAACUUUUAAAAGCAUUUUUGAGGGCCUGAAGAGAGGCAUUUUACAUGUUCGAUCAAUUCAAUGUCAUAUUCAAUUUUAUUUUCUUAAUAAGGAUUAAAAAAAGUGUAUGCGAGCAACGAAAGAAUCUUUAAAUACAAUGCCAGUCGAAUUAUUGUUAAGCUCAUGGAAAUUCUCCGAGGAAUGAGACAACAGUGAGCCUCGUUUUUUGUCAUUGACUAGUUGCCUUUUUUACAUGUAAAUAUAACUUAAUCGGUAUUGUAAUAUUGAUUUAAGGAGAAAGUGAUCAUACCGACGGAAGACAAACAGAAAUAAUUUGUCUUGAGAAACGAAUUCUCAGAUUUAAUUUUUUUUUCCGCACUUUUUGAUAUCUGUCAUCGCGAUACUUCCACGAAAAAAAAAAACAAACAAACAAACAAACAAAACAAAACACCACUUUUUCGUAUCAAGUACUGUUGUUUCAACUUCUGCAAGUUGAGCACAUUAUAAUUGAUCAAAUAACGAAUCUGAAAUCUAUUGCUAUCCUGAUGCAAAGACUCACAAGUGGUUUAAUAUUAUUUUUUUUUCGUCCAAGUGAAUGUUAGUCAUUGGUACAUUCGAACCAGAUAAGCUUCGUAUAAAGACUUUAUUUUUCUAAAAAAAUCAUCAUAACCGUCUCAAUUUUUUUAUGCCUCUUUUUCAUUCACUGAAGCGCUCUUACAUAACCAUUCUUCUCAGCCCCCUCCAACCCAAUCCCCUGACGAAAAAAAAACUCGUAACGAAUGAAAUUUAUUAGGAAAUAUUGGAGGCCUAGGCCAGGUACUAUCGACUCGUCAGACUAUUCGCAUCACAUUUUUUGAUAUUCCUUCUUCCAUCGGACUAAGUCGAACCUGCAGUCGGUUCACGAUUUUGACCUACGUCUCGGAAAUCCAUUCAAUGACAGAGCCCCUUUCGUGGGCAAGGUUUCGCCUGUGAGAGAUGCACUGGUCAGGAUGAAGUAAAUCAAAUUUCUUAAUUUGACUCACUUUACUCCUUGUAGUGCUGGAUACCGUUACCCCCAAAUGAAAUACUUUGGGACGCAGAGUUUUUACACUUGGAGAUGAGUCAGAACUGUCAUUUGGGAGCCUCAAUUAGGAGAGUGCGAUCUUUAAAAUUUUUCGCUUCAUCUCUGGACAGAGCACUUGUCUGUUCCGAUCACUGACCGUACUUUUUUCAGAGAAAAUCACAAAGUCCGAAAACUUGCACAUUAAGAGUGCGAUAGAGCUUAAAACUGAUAAAAAAUUUGUGGCCAGUCAAAAAGAAAUGAAUUGUCGGGCACGUUACGACCAGGCGAAUUCUGUUCUGGUGAAAAUUUUACGAACCAUUUGAAAAAGAAAACACACGAUACGAUAAAGAUUGCUAUUUCAAAUGCAUAACUCAGUCCUGAGUCGUUACUGAAAUGAGAGAUCGCUACUUUUCGUUGAUUCAGAAUUCGUGAUUGAUUCAAGUAAUCUCGUCUAUUCGAUAACGAUAAUUACCCAAAAUGAUGAAACACUUGCUCAAAAUUCGACGUCGUCAUUUUGGGACGAAUAGAUUCGUUUCUUUUUUAUUUCGCAAAUUUCAAUCAUUUAGAAAUGACGAAAUCAAAUGUUUUUCUACAAAUUUGACACGCCUUGACGAUAAUUCGGUAGUAAAACAAGCUCAUUUCUCAUCGCUAUCGUUUGACGUUAAAAACAUUAUUUCUAAAUGAAAUAAGGAUCAAAAUUAAGCUAAUUUUAUACACUAGUUUCCCUGUUUUAUAAGAAUUUCCAAACGGUUAACGCGGUGACGAAAUAUAGCAUAAAUGCAUAAAAAAUGUCUGAAAAAACUUGAUAUACUUGACACACCAUUUUCGAGUGCGAUAUAAAAUUAUAAAAGCUGAUUAGUUGCGUGAAUUAAGCUCGCCCCGAGCGAUGUUGCGUAUGAAAGAUUUUUCCGAAAUUUCGAUAAUUCUUCACUGGAAGAACUUUUCAAUAAUUUCCUUUGCAAAUGUGACUAAAUUCGUACCCCAUUUUUAAUCCUGAAUGAAAAUAUUCCUCAUCCAGUGAAAAAUUAUCGAUUUUGGAAAAACCUCACUCAUAAACUAUCUUCUGUGAUUAUUUUUAUCCUGCCGCGACUGUCUCCGUUACUUUUAGUCACGUUAUCUUGGAUAGCAGCAUAGCAGCAGAUAUAUACAUAUAUAUAUUUUUCCCCCCAAUAUAACGAAUGAAGGUUUGCAUUCAUCAUCAAAGCAACGAGCGGACUCGACAGAUUGUAAUUGCAUAAUUGUAAAUAUUAGAUAAAAAUUUACACAUUAAAACAUAUGAAUAUGAUAAGUGAUGGCAAAGUCGUACUUCCAAAAUGAUAAAUAAGCUGUAAAAUAUUAGGAUACGUGAAAACUGAGCUGAUUAUAUUAGUGAAAAGGGAGGAAAGAUAACUUGAGAAAAAAACGUUGGCAUCUGAACCAUCAAAGUUAAAAUUGAAGGGUUAAUCGCACAUCUUUUCAUCGUAAUGAUUGUAUUCCAUAGAGUUUUCGGUUUCUUGUGAUUCACAGGAUCGAAAAAAUACAGUCACUUUUCACACGUAUCAAUAAUGAAAGUGUCAGAAAAUUUUCAACAAUUUUUCAAAUGACUGCUCUAUAAAUAAUCUAGCAAACUUUUUCCACGAUACAAGAAAAAAAAUUAAUUUAAUUUGAUUUUUCAUCUCAUUCCAAAUCAAUUGUUGAGGAAAUUUUUGAAGUAAUUUUUGAGGAAAAAGGAUCAGUCCUACUUUGCAUUUGUGUUCAGCUAAGAUUCGGAGAUUCUCAUACGAUAAAAAAUUCGGCUGAGAAACGUGUGUAAUUCAUCCUUAAGAUGAAAUAAAAUGAUCCUGAUUUUUCCUUCUGUAAAUGUAAUGAGCAGAAGACGAAGAGUGAAAUAUUAAGGAUGUAAUGAAAAUUGAAUGAACGAGAAUUCACAGAAAGAAUUUUCAAUGAGCAGAGUAUAAUUUUUCAUUUCCAAAAUCGAAUAUUCGAUUGCAGCGUUCCAUUGUGUAUUCCAGAAAAAUGAUAUUUUGUUCGAUAAUGGCUGCGUUUCGGUUGUGUAUUUAAAGACUGUUCGGUUCAUUUAGGAUUGGAAUAGAAAUUGAUCGUGUGUACAAUAAUUCAAUGAUUCUUGGUUCAGAAGUGUACGUUGAAACGUGUAAGAAAGAAUGAUGGAAUUAUUCAUGAAAAUAAGUUGAAAAAAUAGUGUGAUACGAGUCAGUAUCACUAGAAUUGAUGAGCAUAAUGUAAUUACUUGUUGAAAACUCAAUCACCGAUUGAUCGUCUGUAUAAAAAUAUAAAAAAAUGUAAUUCGAGAAGCAGCAUGGGAGAUAAUCGAUUGAAAAUAAGUAUGCUAAUCAAAUUAAUUCAUCAACUUCGUAUAUAUGACUCAUAAUCGAAGAUUUUUUAUCCAUCGUCCGAGCGCUAUUCGAGUAAUGUCAAUUUUUAUUUUUCUCGCAGGUAGGAUUUGACAUUGUGAUCGUGUUGUACCAUAGGAAAUUGUAACGCAACAAGAGAUGUGAAGGAACAGGAAAAAAAGAGAAAUGAACACGUUGAAAUUUCUUCUAUUCCAUAUUUUGCGAUUGUAUGAUAAUAAAAAUAAUUGUAUGUACGUGCAGCCGUAUACUAUGAUAUUAAAGAUAAGAAGGACAAAGCAACAAGACAUUUUUUCGUUCAUUUUCUAAAAUAAAUUCAAAUGGAUAUUUCCAAAA